CCAAUGAGGCGUCAGAUGGUUUCAGCUUCCACCAGUGAGGCGUCAGAUGGUUCCAGCUUCCACCAAUGAGGCGUCAGAUGGUUCCAGCUUCCACCAAUGAGGCGUCAGAUGGUUCCAGCUGAAGAACAUGAAGUGGUUCCCAGGUUUCUUCCAACCAUCCCAGGAACAUCUGAGCUGUUUCAGGAAUGAUUAAAUCCAGAACCUAUUUAGCUUUUUUCUGUGAAUUCUCCUCCAGCCUGAACCAGAGUGUUUUGGGGAAUAUUUCUGUUUGCUGUAGAUCAUCUCUGGUUCCGGUGCUUCUGACAGCAGUAGCGGACAGGACCCCCACAGGUCAGCCUUGGACCUUCUCUGGACCCCUGCAGCAGAGCUGAACCUCUGUCUGACUUCCUGCUGAUCUUCCUCCCGGUCUGCAGACGGUCCAGCUGUUCAGGCGUCCCUGCUGGAGUCUUCCUCACUCUGAUCACACUGAGCAUGCUCGGUUUAAAGUCAAUAAAUCCAGGAGGAACCCAGGGGAUUACCACAGCAGAGGAACUCUGCCAGCGGACGUGAGCAGAACCCCAGGGAAGAUUUCUGGACUCCCGGUCAUCUUCGGCCCAACGACAGUCAGGAUGAUGCUGAACGAUGAGUGGACCAUCAUGAACAACAGCAGCUCCGAACUGGACGGCAAGAGACCAAACAAGUACAAGAAGUGCUGCACCGUCCUCUUCUGGGGAAUCUUCCUGCUAUUCAUCCUAGCAGCUGUCACCAUGGCAACAAUGGCCGUCCUCCAUCUCAGUCAGUAUCCUCUCCCCUUCAUCAGCAGGGGUGUGGCCUCUACACCAGCCAUUUCCACGUCCUCCAAGGACUCUGGCGCCUUGGUGACCAUUUCCCGCUUGGCAGAUGGAGAACCUGUCAGCGUGUUCCUGGACCCGAACUGUCCAGACUACAGCCAACACUUCCUGCGCUGGGAGGCGCUGCAGAGCUCGCUGCUGCGGACACUGUCCAAUCACAACGGAGACGACUGGAAGGAGAGGGGAGCCUAUCAGAAGCUAGGAGACGAUCUGAAGGUGCUAACAGGCCACGCCCACAAUCUGAGGCUGGAAACUGAUUCGCUGAAGAGAGGUCAAGGUGUUCUGGACCAGCGGAUGGACAGACUGCAGAGCGAGCAGAGCCGCAUCCUUCAGGUGCUGUCCGACAGCCACGCAGGUGUUCUGAAGUUAGCUGAGAGCUUCAGUGAUUCUCUGCUCGGCCUGAAGAUGGAGACAGAGAGCCUGAGGAGGCUGAAGAGUGAGCUGAGGCAAGACCCCGCCAAGACAGCCGUCCAACCCAGAGACUGCAGCAGCAUCUUAGCGUCCGGCGUCUCUCAGGACGGCGUUUACUCUGUGUUUCCAACUCACGAUCCUGACGGCUUCAUGGUCUACUGUGACAUGAGCACCGACGGAGGAGGCUGGACGGUGAUUCAGAGAAGAGAGGACGGCUCAGUGAACUUCUUCAGAGGCUGGGAGGCCUACAGGGAUGGCUUUGGGACCACCACAGGAGAACACUGGCUGGGUCUACAAAGGAUCUACGCUCUCACCAGGUCUGGUGGUUUCGAGUUGCGUAUUGACAUGGCUGACUUCGAUAACGCCACGGCGUUCGCUCUGUACUCUGAUUUCUCUGUUGGCCGAGACUCUGUGAACCCGGAGGAGGACGGAUACCCACUGACUGUGGAUGGGUACUCUGGGACAGCAGGGGACUCCCUGUUGAAGCAUUCUGGGAUGCGGUUCACUACCAAAGACCGGGACCAGGACCAGUCGGAGAACAACUGCGCGGCGUACUACCAGGGGGCGUGGUGGUACCGGAACUGCCACACCUCCAACCUGAACGGACAGUACCUGAAAGGAGGCCACGCCUCCUACGCCGAUGGAGUGGAGUGGUCCAGCUGGACCGGCUGGCAGUACUCGCUGCGGUUCACUGAGAUGAAGAUACGACCCAGGAGACCAGAGUCCUGAACCGGGCCCUGAGGCAGGACCUGGGUCUGGCCUUCUGUUGCUGCUCCCAUCUCCAGAACCGUCCCUGAAUGUUAGGAAAUGUUCUGAUCCGUUCCUGUGCUGCUUGUUACUGUCAGUACUGGGUCCUACCGAUGAAAUCCAGUCACUGUAAAACCCAGGAUUUUGUUAUUAAACAGUUUUUGCCGAACCAGUCUGCCUGAGCCAGUCUUUGUGCUUUAGAUCCCAGAACAACUAAAGCUGUUAGAGUUCUGCUCUGGUGUUCGGACCGCUGCAGGA